GCUGCUGUAUCUUCUCUCUGCCUUUCAGAACAGAAAGAUGAAGGUUGUCAAUCUAAAACAGGCCAUUCUCCAGGCCUGGAGAGAACGGUGGAGUGAUUACCAGUGGGCCAUAAACAUGAAGAAAUUCUUCCCUAAAGGAGCCACGUGGGACAUACUUAAUUUGGCAGAAGCUCUUCUGGACCAGGCCAUGAUUGGCCCAUCGCCCAACCCACUGAUCUUGUCCUACCUGAAAUACGCCAUCAGUUCCCAGAUGGUGUCUUACUCCACGGUCCUGACGGCCAUCAGUAAGUUCGAUGACUUCUCCCGAGAUCUCUGUGUCCAGUCCCUGCUGGAGAUCAUGGAUAUGUUUUGUGAUCGGCUCAGCUGCCAUGGCAAAGCGGAGGAGUGCAUUGGCCUGUGCCGGGCCCUGAUGAGCGCCCUCAACUGGAUGCUGCGCUGUGCGGCCUUCUACGUGGAGAAGGUCAAAGAGCUGCUGGACCAGGCGGGGGGGGAGAGCCAGCUGAAGAUGUGCCUGGAGCGGCUGGAGAAGGUGGUGGGCAGCACGAAAAACCGGGCCCUGAUUCACAUCGGCAAGCUGGAGGAGACGUCUUCGUGGAGCGCCGUGGAGCAGUCGCUGCUCAAGCUGGGGGAGAACCUCGGCAACCUCAGCAACCCCCAGCUCCGGAGCCAGGCGGACGAGUGCAUCUCCCUGAUCAAGAGCAUUCCCACCAUGCUCUCAGCCCACUCCGAGCAGCUGAACAAAACUGGCUUCCCCACCGUGCACGCCGUGGUGCUGCUGGAGGGAACCAUGAACCUCACGGGGGAGACCCACCCUCUUGUGGAGCAGCUGAUGAUGGUGAAGCGGAUGCAGCGCAUUCCCUCGCCGCUCUUUGUGCUGGAGAUCUGGAAAGCCUGCUUUGUGGGCCUGAUCGAGUCCCCCGAGGGCACGGAGGAGCUGAAGUGGACGGCUUUCACCUUCCUUAAGAUCCCGCAGGUUCUGGUUAAGCUCAAGAAAUACCCCCAGGGGGAGAAGGAUUUCACCGAGGACGUGAAUUGCUGCUUCCUCCAUCUCACAGCGAGCGUGUGCAGGACACCGCGUGCUCUGAGCGCCUUCUCCCUCCAUUCCAGCUGUGACUGCACCAGCCUGCUCCUGCAGGAGUGUAGCAAACAGGGGCUGCUCUCGGAGGCCAACAUGACCAACCUGGUGGCCAAGCGGACGGCCGACAGGGAGCACGCGCCGCGCCUGAAGUCGGCAGAGAACGCCAACAUCCAGCCCAACCCGGGGCUCAUCCUCAGGGCGGAGCCCACUGUCACCAACAUCCUCAAGACCAUGGAUGCGGAUCACUCCAAAUCCCCCGAGGGGCUGCUGGGUGUCUUGGGCCACAUGCUGUCAGGGAAGAGCCUGGAUCUGCUGCUGGCAGCUGCGGCUGCGACGGGGAAGCUGAAAUCGUUUGCUCGGAAGUUCAUCAAGCUGAAUGAAUUUACCAAGCACAUCAGCGGCGAAGGCUCCAAAGCGGCCUCCGUCAGGGCCCUGCUGUUUGACAUCUCCUUCCUCAUGCUGUGCCACGUCGCCCAGACCUACGGCUCUGAGGUGAUCCUCUCGGAGUCCAGCCCCACUGGCGAGGUGCCGUUCUUCGAGACCUGGAUGCAGACCUGCAUGCCGGAGGAGGGCAAGAUCCUCAACCCGGACCACCCCUGCUUCCGGCCCGACUCGACCAAGGUGGAGUCGCUGGUGGCGCUGCUGAACAGCUCCUCGGAAAUGAAGCUGGUGCAGAUGAAGUGGCACGAGGCGUGUCUGAGCAUCUCGGCGGCCAUCCUGGAGAUCCUCAAUGCUUGGGAGAACGGCGUGCUGACCUUCGAGUCCAUUCAGAAGAUCACGGAUAACAUCAAAGGGAAGGUGUGCAGCAUGGCCGUGUGCGCCAUGGCCUGGCUGGUGGCCCACGUCCGCAUGCUGGGCUUGGACGAGCGAGACAAGUCGCUGCAGAUGAUCCGGCAGCUGGCCACGUCCCUGCAGAGCGAGAACACGCUGCAGUUCUACAAUGAGCGCGUGGUGAUUAUGAGCUCCAUCCUGGAGCACAUGUGCGCCGACGUCCUGCAGCAGACAGCCACGCAGAUCCGCUUCCCCUCCACGGGGACGGACCCCAUCCCCUACUGGAACCUGCUGCCCCCAAAGAAGCCCAUCAAAGAGGUGCUGACGGGCGUGUUCACCAAGGUGCUGGAGAAGGGCUGGGUGGACAGUCGCUCCAUCCACAUCUUCGACACGCUGCUGCACAUGGGGGGCGUCUACUGGUUCUGCAACAACCUAGUCAAGGAGCUGCUGAAGGAAACCCGCAAGGAGCACACGCUGCGGGCGGUGGAGCUGCUCUACUCCAUCUUCUGCCUGGACAUGCAGCAGCUGACGUUAUCCCUGCUGGGCCACAUCCUGCCCAGCCUGCUCACGGAUUCCUCCAAGUGGCACACCCUGAUGGACCCGCCUGGCAAGGCCCUUGCCAAGCUGUCUGUCUGGUGUGCCCUGAGCUCCUACUCCUCCCACAACAAGGGCCAGGCGUCGGCCAGACAGAAGAAGAGGCACCGAGAGGACAUUGAGGAUUACAUCAGCCUGUUCCCGCUGGACGACACCCAGCCCUCCAAGCUCAUGCGCCUGCUGAGCUCCAACGAGGAGGAAGCCAAUGUUCUGUCCAGCCCUACAGAUCGGUCCAUGAGCAGCUCGCUGUCGGCCUCCCAGCUCCACACCGUCAGCAUGAGGGACCCUCUCAACAGAGUCCUUGCCACCCUCUCCCUGCUGAUCUCGUCCAUCCUGGGAGCCAAGACGGCCGGCACGCACACCCAGUUCGUGCAGUGGUUCAUGGAGGAGUGUGUGGACUGCCUGGAGCAGGGCAGCCGGGGGAGCAUCCUGCAGUUCAUGCCCUUCACCAUGGUGUCAGAGCUGGUGAAAGUGUCCACCAUGUCCAGUCCCAAAAUUGUCCUGGCCAUCACGGAUCUCAGCCUGCCCCUGGGUCGCCGGGUGGCUGCCAAAGCCAUUGCCGCUUUGUGAAUGCGAGGCUGGGUGAGGGGAAGCCCGGGGGAGCUCGCCAGUGCUCGCCGUGGACCGUCUCUGGACGCAGGGAUCCUGCCUGUUCUCCGGGCCAGGGCAAUGCGAUUGCAAAGGAGCAGCCUUGGAGCGGCCCAGGAGUCUAGCAGUGUCUCCUUCCCAAGAGCAGCCUGAGCGCCAGCUUCCCCCAGCACCGGGUGCGUUUGGGGUGCUGCUGUCUCCGGCUCCCGCGGGAUUGUGGGUCCCCGAUGCCUGCUGAUGCCUGCUCGGAUCUUUUCUACUGUUCCAGGACAUAGUUUUUUAUUCUCAUAAAGCCCAGCUGAGAGGUUGAUGGUUUUCUUGGGGCCCAGUAGCGGGUCCAUUUCUCCACUUGCUCUUGGGGCUGGGAGCGAGUCCUGGACUCCAGGCAAACGAAACGUCCCGCGUACUGGAACUGGAGCAGAGCCCCACAGCCGCUCGAUGCGCCUGCCUCCGGUGUGGGCAGCGGCUUCCAUGUCGUGGGCCUUCACCUCCUAACCCCACCUGAGAAGCUGCCCUGCAUCACCGUGUAUGCCGCAGAGGUGCUGCCUGCCGCGAGUUACAAACCCCAGGGGGUUCGGAAGCCAUGUUCCUAAAUCUAGAGGGGAGGCGUAACUAUUUUUGCUAGAUAAAAGGGGGAAGGAGGGUCCUUAUGCAGCCUUAUCUGGCAGGAUCAUCUGCAGCAUGGGGAGACGUCGAAGCCAACCGGUUCAGCUGCCUUCGCUCUGCAGACAAAACGUUGCAGCAGCCGAUUCCUGCCUCCGUCCUGUUGGGAUCGGUCCUUUCGUCUGAGGCCGCGUGCAGCUGGGAGGGGCUGUCGGCGGGGAGUGCACGGAUCCCAGUGGGAACGCAGCCCUGAACUGGGGCGUCUUCCUAGAUUUACCCCCUCUCCUCAUGGCUGCGAAGGGAAGUGGCUGGAGCAGUGCUGGAGACAAGGUGCUUCUGCUGCCGGGGGAAGAGGUGGCGUUUAGUGCUUGGGGAAAACCGCAAAUAGUGUGGCGUGGAGCCUUCCCCACAGUGCCCCAUAGCCAGCGCCCCUCAACCCAGCCUGCCCUGAGCAGGUAUCACAGCGGCGUUCUGCUGUCCACGCCCUCCUGGAGGCCUGGGCAGGCGUGCUGCUGCCGUGGGACGCAAGCUGAGUUCACAGCCUCAGGCGAGGUGUCCCCGGAGGGGUGUUCCAGCUUGUAAUUGGCCAUCAGAGGCCGAAAUGCUCGUUCCCUUCCGCUCGCCCUCCUGCCUGCCAGCCCGCGUAUUUCUAACACCCUGUAGGGUGCCUGGUGUGUGCUACUGUUCAAGGAUCCUUCUGCGUUUGGGAAUAAACCUACAAUAAACCCC